AUGUUUGCCACACACGGAGUGCCACGGCAGUUAGAUUCCGAUAAUGGACCGCCCUUCACGUCAGAAGCUUUUCGACAAUUUGCGGAGGAAGAAGGUUUUGAUCACCAUAAAGUGACACCACUCCAUGCGAGGGCUAAUGGCGAGGCAGAGAGUUUCAUGAAGAUGCUUAACAAGAUCGAGCAGAUCUGCCAUCUACAAAAUUUAUCGGGAGCAGACAGAGAACAAGCCAUACAGAAUAUGCUGGUAGCAUAUCGAUCCACGCCACAUAUAUGGAUCGGUGUGUCACCCUAUCAAGCCAUGAUGAACCGGGACGUCCGCACGAAACUUGACUACUUUGAGCCAGCACAACCUGAAGACGAUCCAAUAGCGGAGACAGACAGGGCCUACAAGGAGAAAAUCCAACGUCAGUCAACUAAUCGCAACACGAGAAGACACAGUUUUGUCGUGGGAGAUUACGUAUUGGUGAAGCAGCCAAAACGUAAUAAAUGGUCAACGGCAUACGAACCUGCAUUCUACAUUAUCUUUAGAAUCGAUGGAUCCAGUAUUGCCGCCAGAAGAACGCCCGACGGGAAAGAAAUCUACAGAGAUUCCAGCCAUUUUAAACUAGCCAACGCCAUCGUACAGAACAAUCAGCCAGACAUCGAGUACAACGCAAUACCGGAUGCUGAUACUGAUGGGCGAGAGGAGAUGUUACGAGAGAUGAAUGAUUCGUCUCCAGAUUCCGCUAAUUCGUCUCCAAAUGCAGGGGAAAACCUCCAUGACGUCGAACCAAACGCAGAUACGAAUGAUUCGUCGGGCACUGAACAUGAAACGAGACAACCAACGACAUCUCAUCGCAGUGCCACGACAUCUCAAUCAUCGGGCGCUGAAAACGUCAACCAGCAACCUACGAAUACAACUGAUCGUCGUAGCGCCACACCGCGGAAACUGCCAGCUCGAGAACGUAAACGACCAAAGCAUCUCGAGGACUAUGUCUGUUAA